AUGGAAGAGGAUUCAUGGAUCCAAUAUGAUAUUUUAAGAAAUAUAGUAACAAAUGCUGUUAAUUUGGCAAAGAAUUCAUAUUCUAAUAAUAUAAGAGUACAAAAUAGAGUUCUUGCUGUUUCUUUACAGACUAUUAAUAAUGCUUCACAAAUACAUAUUCUAUCAUAUAUUAAUAGUCACUCUGAUAAAAAUGAUAGCACUGACUCUUUAAAUCUAGAGCAGGUACAAAGUGAUCUUUCUUCUGAAAUAAAUUCUAAUAAUACUCCUAAACAG